UGUAAUAAAUUCAUUUCCCAGGCCUAUCUCUUACUCUCUCUUAUUUUUCCUCGCUUAAAUUCUCAGAAAUAGAUUAUAGUUUCAGCUUUCUUCUAUGUACUUUUGUUCCUAUGGUGACAAUUGAAGGAAAACAAGAAACUAAACAAGAAUCCAGGCCAGCUGAACCCAAACCAGAAUCUAAUUCUAAAGAAGUGGAAGAAAUACAAGAACCUGCUCUUAAGUACAAGGCUUGGGUGUUGAAAGUUUCCAUUCAUUGUGAAGGAUGCAAGAGGAAAGUGGAAAAGAUUCUAAGGAAAAUCAAUGGAGUUUACGAGGUUGAAACCGAUUUAAAACAACAAAAGGCUACGGUAAAAGCCAACCUACACGUAAAUGUGGAUACUUUGAUCAAGAAAUUAGUAAAGAAAGGGAGACAUGCAGAGUUAUGGCCUGAACAAAAGGCGAAGAAAGGGAAAUCAAAGAACAAAGACAAACAAGCAAAUACUGAAGAAAUUGGAGAUGAUAAAGAUCAGAAAGAAACAGUAAAAGUUGAAGUACUCUCAGUUCUUCAAGACGGUGCUUCUAAAGGCUGUGAAAAUGAUGAUAAAGACAAGCAAGUCCCCCUGACCGGUAAUCAGUCAGCGGUACCGGAAAGGAAAGGCGGUGGUGGUGGUGAAAGUGAAGGUAACAGUGGCGGUGGUGGUAAAAAGAAAAAGAAGGGGCGGAAAGGGAAUGCUAGUGUUAAUUUUGAGGAGGCUGAUCAUCCUGCUGAUGCUGGAGGAACGGCAUCCACCGGACCACAGGUUACCUGUUUUGGACCUCACGGCUCUAUUCCCAUGACAUCUCCCAAUCGUAGCCCACCACGUCAGCAUCUCAACCUGGAUGAGAACCUGACGUGUUACCCUGCACCACCGUUGUAUUUUACUGGCUACAAUACUACGUAUUCGAGUGGCUAUGGUGCUUCAUAUUAUACGUCGCCAAGUCCGCAUUCGUAUAUGUAUAUGCACUUACGCAACACGAGUGAACAUCCGUCGUCUGACAUGUGUUUAUCGUACAUAUCGCAGCCGUCUUAUACCUUUGAGUUGUUCAGCGACGAAAACCCGAAUGCAUGUUCAAUUAUGUGACCUUCAUCAUCAUUAGAAUACCUAGCUUAUUAAACUUGUACCGGUGUAUUGGGGUGAUAAUUUUGCCAUGUAGAUGAAGAAACCGUGUAUUUUAAGUUAGGGUAAAAACUAAUAAGAGUUUGGAAAAAUAGGGUUUGGAGCGUUUUAGUUAAUCGGUUAGUUCAAUCUAUUGA